GCAGCAGCACAACCACCACAAACAUCGUCACGGACGACUUCGCCGUCGCUACCGCUGCGAAGAUUGCCGCAAGUUACGCUCAGCCGUGGCGACACUCGGAGGAGAGUUCGCGUGAAGGGAAUACUCGACGCGGGGUAGUACGGGCACUCGAGUCGCGUACCUAGCGAACAUUAAAUAAACACACGAGGGUGGAAUAUAUGCUGUGGGCGUCCCCCGUGCGAGUGGGGGCACUUGAUGGCCGCAGAAAUUGGGCGAACUGCGAGCAAACAUCUAUCGUCGUCGGAGUGCGGUAAAGCGACGUCGAGUCCCGGUAACGACGUGGGCUUCGAUAGUAGCCGGGUGAUCGUAGGAACGGAACAGCAGCAACCGCCGCAGCAGCAGCAGCAACGGCAGCAGUUGCAGCAAUCGCAUUGCCAGCAGCAACGGCAAUCGCCGCCACCGCCACCGCCGCCGCCGUCGUCGCAACAGCAGCAACAGCAACUUCCACAAACGGAUCGGACACCGUCGGCCACGGUACAGAUCAGAAAGGCGCUCGGUAAAACGACAACAACUCCACCUCCACACCGGAAUCGCGUGCCGCUCGCGACCGCGCAGCCAGCAGCGGGAAACAAUCAGCAGCAGGCGCUGACCAACGCCGACAACGUAACCUCGACGGCGGAGGCCGUCACCGAGGUACCCGGCGCCAUCAAGACGACCAUCAACAUCGGCUUCGCGAUGAACCACGUAAACGACCAGGAGAAUCUCAAGCAGCUCAGCCUCGCGCCCGUUCAGGUUAACGAGGUCGAGGAGAUGGACACGCAGGAGGAGACCCCAAAUGAUGGUGGGGGAGACGGAACUGACAACCGUCCUAUAAAUGGUGAACCAGAAUUAGCAUGUAUAGUUCAGGAUCAAGAAAUGGAGGAAGACGAGGCCAGAUCGGAAGCUACCUUCCGAUAUACUGUCGAGAAUAUAUCUAAGAUGAAGGACUCGCAAUUGUCCCCCGCGUGUUAUGUGCGUAAUUUACCAUGGAAAAUAAUGGUAAUGCCACGGUCAAGUCAAACACAGGAGAGACAACCACAGAGAUCUCUUGGAUUUUUCCUUCAGUGCAACGGAGAGAGCGAGUCCACGUCUUGGAGUUGUUAUGCUGUUGCUGAACUGCGUCUUCUUUCUUGCAAAGAAACGUUGGAACCAUUUAGCAGAAAAAUUCAACACCUCUUCUAUAGUAAAGAGAACGAUUGGGGUUUUAGCCAUUUUAUGACAUGGCAAGAUGUUCUAGAUCCCGAGAGAGGUUUCAUAAAAGAUGAUUCAAUCACGCUUGAGGUUCAUGUAGUAGCUGAUGCACCUCACGGAGUUAGUUGGGACAGUAAAAAACAUACGGGAUACGUAGGUUUGAAGAAUCAGGGUGCUACAUGUUAUAUGAAUUCUUUAUUACAAACUCUGUAUUUUACAAAUCAGUUGCGAAAGGCAGUAUACAAAAUGCCAACUGAGAGCGAUGAUUCGAGUAAGAGUGUUGCACUAGCCUUGCAGAGGGUGUUUCACGAGUUACAGUUUUCCGACAAGCCUGUCGGUACAAAGAAAUUAACUAAAAGUUUUGGCUGGGAGACGCUGGAUUCUUUCAUGCAACACGAUGUGCAGGAAUUUCUACGAGUGCUGUUAGAUAAGCUGGAAAGCAAAAUGAAGGGAACAUGCGUGGAAGGUACAGUGCCAAAAUUGUUUGAGGGAAAAAUGGUCUCUUUUAUCAAGUGUAAAAAUAUAGACUAUAAAUCCACGAGAGUUGAAACAUUUUAUGACAUACAAUUAAAUAUAAAGGGCAAGAAAAACAUUUACGAGUCUUUUAGCGAUUAUGUGAGUACAGAAAGUCUCGAUGGCGAUAAUAAGUACGACGCGGGAGAGCACGGAUUACAGGAGGCGGAAAAGGGCGUAAUUUUUUCGUCGUUUCCACCAGUUUUACACCUGCAUCUAAUGCGUUUUCAGUAUGACCCAGUUACUGACUGUUCAGUCAAAUUUAACGACAGGUUCGAGUUUUAUGAAAAAAUUAGUCUCGGUAAAUACCUGCAAAACAAAGAAACAACAAGUGCGGACUACACGUUACACGCUGUUCUCGUUCAUAGUGGCGAUAAUCAUGGAGGACAUUAUGUUGUAUUUAUUAAUCCCGCUGGUGAUGGCAAGUGGUGUAAGUUCGACGACGACGUUGUCUCGCGAUGUACAAAGCAGGAAGCUAUCGAACACAACUACGGUGGUCAAGACGAGGACAUGUCUAUGGCUGUGAAACAUUGCACUAACGCUUAUAUGUUGGUUUACAUAAGAAAUUCAGAGCUGGAAAACGUCUUGCAAGAGGUCAAGGAAGAGGAUAUACCUCAAGAGCUGGUGGAGAGGCUGCAAGAGGAGAAGAGGCUGGAACAGAUAAGAAGAAAGGAGAGAACGGAAGCAUACUUGUACAUGACCGUUAAUGUCCUUCUCGAGGAUAGCUUUGACGGUCACCAAGGAAAUGAUCUCUACGACCCAGAGCACGCUUUAUAUCGUGUAUUUCGCGUACGUAAGCAGGCCACUGUGCACGAGUUUCUCGAGCUACUGAGCGAUAGUCUGAAAUAUCCCAUAGAACAGAUUCGCAUUUGGCCCUUCAGCACGCGUUCAAAUCAAACCUGUAGACCUACGCUAAUCGAGCCGGACGCUGAUCUUCAAAAGCCCAUCAUCGACUGCGCGGAAAAUCAUAAUCCGUGGAACGUAUUCGUUGAACUCGUACCUCCAGACUCUGACAUGACAGCGUUACCGCCUUUCGACAAGGACACCGAUGUCUUACUCUUUUUUAAACUCUACGAUCCCAAAAAUAAGAAAAUCCAUUACUGCGGCCAUCACUAUAUGCCUGUUGUAGCUAAAGUCCAGGAGCUCAUACCAAUUUUAAACGAACGCGCCGGAUUUCCACCGGACACAGAGCUCGCCUUAUAUGAGGAAAUUAAACCGAACUUAGUUGAGAAAAUAGACAACCUGUCCGAGCCUUUGGAAAAGGUUCUCGAGGAAUUAAUGGACGGUGACAUCAUUGUAUUUCAAAAGGAAGGAGAUAAUGAAAUGUAUGAACUUCCAACGUGUCGAGAAUAUUUUAAAGAUCUAUUCUAUAGGGUAGAAGUAACGUUUUGUGAUAAAUUGAUUCCGAACGAUCCAGGUUUUACAAUGGAACUUUCGUUGCGAAUGACAUACGAUCAAAUGGCAAAGGCCGUAGCGCAGCGAGUCGGCACAGAUCCGUACCUUUUACAAUUCUUCAAAUGUCAAAACUACAAGGAUUCUCCCGGCCAUCCUCUUAAGUGUACAUUUGACGGCACGCUUAAAGAACUGGUUGCGUACUGCAAGACGAAAGUAAAGAAAUUAUUUUAUCAACAGCUCAGUAUUAGGGUGAAUGAGCUGGAGAACAAGAAACAAUUCAAGUGCAUAUGGGUAGGGCCGUCGCUUAAAGAAGAGAAGGAGAUGAUCCUUUACCCGAAUAAAAACGGCACCGUUGCUAAUUUGCUCGAGGAGGCUAAGAAGCAGGUGGAAUUAUCGGAGAACGGUUCGGGAAAACUGAGGAUAUUGGAAAUGACGUGCAACAAGUUGUCGCCCGGGCCUGUGGACGACACGCCCUUAGAUCACUUAAACACAUCGGGCACCAAGUUGUACAGGAUAGAAGAGAUUCCGAUUGACGAGGUGAAUCUGGCCGAGGGCGAAAUGCUAGUUCCUGUUGCGCAUUUUCACAAAGAGGUUUUCUCAACGUUCGGUAUUCCUUUCUUCUUCAAGAUUAAGCAUAAUGAACCGUUUCCCAAGAUGAAGGACAGGUUGUUAAAGAAAUUAGGCGUUCAGGAGAAAGAAUUCGAAAAGUUUAAGUUCGCGGUGGUGACGAUGGGCAAGCCGCAGUUCAUUAUCGACUCGCCGGACUCUUGUAUCAAAAUCGAGGAUUUCCUUCCCAGAUACACCGGUCAGGGCACAUCGCCGCACAGGCCCUGGCUUGGCUUGGAACACGUCAACAAAGCGCCGAAGCGCUCUCGUAUCAACUACCUCGAAAAGGCCAUUAAGAUUUACAAUUAAAUUUCCACCACGCGAAGAAGAGGUUAAAUUAGGCAGCCACUCAUAAUAAUUUAUACGUAAUUCUGUAUAGUAAGAGAACGACGUCUGAUAUAUAUUGAAAAGGUUGGGAAAAUGCGUUUCACACAUUCGUUUCUUCAGCCGGAUUAAAAUACGCGAUUUUAAUACUGCAAGAACGACAUCGGACGGUAAAUCUUGGUAUACGAUGGAUUAUAUAAGAGAACUAUCGUGAAGUGUGCAGUGCUAUUUUACGCAUCAUGGAAGAGCGAUAACAUAGUUCCUCGAUUCGAAUUUGUAAAGAAUUUUACGUAAAAUGGCCCAAUAGCUUAUUUUGGCGUCACUCAGUACGGAUUUUCGCCUAGACUCCGAAAACAUUUGAUUACGAAAUGCACGUAUAUAUUGUAUCUAAUAAUAUUAUUGUCUGAUAAUUAUCUCUAAUAAACUAUUUCUUUCUUUUUUUUAAUUUUAUUAGGAAACAGACUUAAAAAUUCCGGUUCUUACCCUAGAUAGAGGUUGUACAUAAUCGAUUACAUCUACCAAGCGGUGUCGCAAAACGUUCUGCAUGAUGUAAUAUUUAACAUCCGCAACGUCACGAAUGAAUCGCUCCUUUUUUUCCGUAUUCGCAAGAUGUUUGAAAUGUAAAUUUGUCAUUAAAAAAAAAAAAAAGAACAAAAUUUUUAGUUUCUUAAAGAAUUCAAGAUAAAGCUUUACUCAAAUUUUAUUUUGUUUCUAACGAGUGUCUCAUUGAAUUCAAAGUGCACGUUAAGGUUGAAAUUUCUUUGUAUUUUCAAACAGCGUAUAGAGAAUAUAUUUAUUUUACGUUAUAUAUUACAUAAUAUAUAUAUAUUUUUUUUAUUUUACACGACGUCAUAGAAAGAGUGGAGAAGAAAGUGCACGAACAAAAUUUCUUCAAAUUGCCUUUCAAACAUCCUGGAAUAUUUUUCUUGCGUUUCAAUGUAUUUUCGUGUUAUUUUCCAUUAACGUGUUUUAUGUAGAAACUGUGAAAUUUUGCACGUGUAAGAGCGUAAGCAUGAGGUCGGCGAAACGAGUGACGCUUAAUCUAGACGAAAAAAAAGUUCUCGGCGAGAUACAAACGCUUAUCGUUGUAAUAGGAUAUUUCGCGGCUCUUCUUUUGUUUUUUAUUUUAACGCGGGGCGAACACAUAACCGCUGCUCCGUUCUUUAGGGAGCGACGUAGGAAGUUUAACGAGAUUCAAUUAAGAAGUCAUAGUAUUCUCUACUCGAUCGAUAAAUUAACGCUCUAUUUCCCCCAUUUUAUACUUAUAAUUUAUAAUAAACGGCAAGAUUAUAGAUCUCGCGCGGUGAAUCACUCCCGGCACGGUGACCUGCGCCCUCGUGCAAGAUCUGUCGUUUGUGGAACCUAAUUAUUUAUCGUUUUCUACAUUUUACUGUGAUCGACUCAACUUAGCCAACAUGUAUUUAAACCACCACCGCCGGCUCUCGUUUAUUUGAAGUAGCAUAAUUGUAAAUGGAGAUGCUGAACUUUCUACGUGGAUUAUUUAAUAAAAUUUCUUUUUAAGUUGA